GCCCUACUUGCCACUUGCUUAUGGAAGAAAAAUAAUGAAAAUUGGAGAAGGCAGAAAGAGCAUGCGGCAACGUUUCUGAAGAGGCAGGCAUUUUGUUCUUACCAGUGAAGAUUCUCUCAUUUCUCUCCUUCCCUCCGCCGCUCCCUCCUCCAUCUCCGUCACUAAACGCUCGCUUACUCCCUCGCUCUCUCUCUGUCAAACUAGCUUGGAUCAGCUGCUGUCUGGUCCAUAACAGCUUUCGUAGUCUAUCGCGAUGGAUCAAGCAUAUUAGGUUUUUCAAGGUAUGGCAGGCAGAGGAGUUAUCGGGGAUCGAUGGUCCAUGAGGAUUCUCUGGGCGUGUGCAAUCGGCAGUGCUGUCAGCCUAUAUAUGGUUGCUGUGGACAGACAACUAAAGAACAGGGAACGAGCCCUGGCUGAAGAGUUAAAGGCCAUGGAGGCAGAAUCAGGCAGUGGUGAGGUUGUUUGACUGUUGAUAAAUUAUAGGCAAUGACUAGCUUAGAGCUUUCCAGAUUUCCCGAGUUCGCAUCUUUGCCAUUUUGGCCAUUGUGAGGAUUUAAGUAAAAUGUUGUCUGCUGACCAGAAUUUCCCGAUUCUGGUUUUUGGAGGAUGAUAAUGCAUAAGUGGUUGCAGAGAGUGUUCUUUUCACAGGAAUCUAUGUUCAAGAAUGACGAUGUUUUGGUGACUGGUGUCCAGUCUCUGACAUUUCUUUUGCGAUGCAUUCAAACACGUUAGCAACGUUUUCAUUCCCACUCAUUAGUUUCAUCCCAAAACUGUUCGAAUAGUCCUUUAUUCAAAACAAUCCACUUUGAUGUCAAAUUUUCUUUGCUA